UACUCCGCCCCCUGUCAGUCCAGACGAAGUCAGUGUCACCCAGCAGUAUGGCGCAGCGUGGGAAUACAGGACGUCCGUACCAGCUUGUCAUAUUCGGUGCUUCGGGCUUCACCGGGCAGUUCGUAGUGGAGGAGGUGUCCCGCGUGGCGGAUGGAGGGGAUUUCAAAGGCCAGGAGCUGCGCUGGGCCGUGGCUGGCAGGAACAAAAAGAAGCUGGAGGAGGUGCUGCACUGGGCUGCGGACAGGCUGGCCAAGCCGCAGCUGAAGUCCAUUGACAUUAUAAUCUGCGAUGUUGGUGACGCCCCCUCCCUCGCUGAAAUGUGUAAGAAGGCCUCUGUUGUUCUGGACUGUGUGGGGCCUUACAGGUUUUUCGGUGAACCUGUGGUGAAAGCUUGUGUAGAAAACGGAGCACACUUUGUGGAUAUAAGUGGAGAACCCCAAUUCCUGGAAUCCAUGUACAUGAAGUAUGACAGCCAAGCCGCUGAUAAAGGGGUGUAUGUUGUUGGCAGCAGUGGCUUUGAUUCCAUUCCGGCUGACAUGGGCGUCCUGUUUACCAGAAACAGCAUAGAAGGUACUCUGACAGCAGUAGAAAGCUUCCUGACUUUCAAGUCUGGAUCUGAGGGCACAUGCAUUCAUGAUGGGACAUGGCAGUCUGCUAUUCAUGGUGUUGCAGACCAAGGCAAUCUGAGAAAGCUUAGAAAGCAGUUGGCUUUCAAACCUCUUCCAGUUGUUGGUAGAAAAUUAAAAAGAAGGGGUGCAGUAUUUUACAGCAAUGAAGUAAAAGAGUAUGCCAUUCCUUUCUUGGGAGCUGAUGCAGCUGUUGUUAGAAGGACCCAGCGAUUCCUGUACGAGAACCUACAGGAAACUCCUGUGCAGUAUUCUGCCUAUGCAGCAGUGGGCGGGCUCACUUCAGUCAUCGCAUUGAUGUUUGCAGGAUUCCUUUUCCUACUUUUCACUAAGUUCAGCUUUGGACGAAAACUCCUGAUACGGUACCCCAAAUUGUUUUCCUUCGGUUAUUUUUCCAAGGAAGGACCAACACCAAAACAGAUGGCUGAAUCCUCUUUCACGAUGACCUUCUUUGGAGAGGGCUACAGUCAGGACCAAGAUCCCCAGCAAGGGAAGCCCAAUAUAAAAAUAUGCACCCAGGUUUCAGGACCAGAAGCUGGCUAUGUUGCCACACCGAUUGGGAUGGUACAAGCUGGAGUGACUAUUUUAAAGGAACCAGGCUCUCUUCCAAAAAGGGGAGGCGUCUACACACCUGGAGCUGCCUUUUCCAAGACCAAGCUUAUUGACCGACUGAACAAAGCUGGCAUCCACUUCAAAGUCAUUAGCAAGACCGAGAACUGAGCAUUGUUGGCACUGACACUAUGUGCAUGACUAGGGAGUCACUAGAGCAGCUGGACUCAAAUAUGUAUAAUGCUUUCCGUCCUUAAUUCGUAUGACAAAGCUAAUUGCACUAAUAGAAGAACGCUUCUCAUAUUUUUCAUAACUCUGCUGUACGGUAAUUGUUUAGCCUAUAAAAUACUGUAACAUAA